AUGCGACUCACAUGGUUUUCUGGGUGCCAGCGAUCAGUCACGAGAGCUUUGAGCGUGCCUAUCGAGAAAUCGGCGCUGCGUUUUGUAUACCCGAAAUUACGGACGAAAAUGCGAAUAUCAAGCAGUUGGUGA